AUGAGUGAUAACGACACCUACGGUGGGUCGGUCCACGAUGAAGAUCAAGAGAUCAACAAUGCUCAAGAAGAUUCUGGAUCUGAUUAUCAAGAUGAGGACGAUCACAGCGACGACGCAGCGGACUCGGUGCGGAGUGCGCGCAGUCAUUCAAGCAAUCGAUCUGUAAGAUCUGGAUCUGGAAAGAAGCCGACAUCCAAAGAGAAAUUGCAGCCUCGCAGCACAAAAAGCAUCAAGGCUACCUACAAGGAAACUUACCGAGACUUUUACAAUGAUCACCUGGAAGAGCUUGUUCGUCCUUUCCAUUCCAUCACCCAUGCACUGCCUGCCUCUGAGAUUGGAAUCGCUGUCUGGACUCCACUGGAGAAAGAGGUCCUAUUCCAGAAGGUUUCGACUCUUGGCAAAGACAACAUCAAGGAUAUCUCAAGCGCAGUAAGGACCAAAUCGGAGACUGAAGUGCGUCAAUAUCUCUCGCUUCUCGACGCAGGAACCGUUGAGGGUAAUGUGACAAAAUCACUGCCUGUGUUUUCUGCUGCAGACAUAUCACCUGCUUUCGAAGUCAGCAAGCAAUCGGAAGAUCUGCUUGAAGAGUAUGCCGAUGGCCUGGCUCAGUAUCAGACGAGGAGUGACCAAAAGCGGGAGAAGAAGAGACACGGUGACUACUGGCUUCUUACUGAAGAGAUUGCGCAGGAAGUCGAGGAACAGGUCAUGGCCCGUGAUGAGUCUUAUAUGAAGUCAAGUUUACAUGAUGAGGAUGUGGAUGAAGAUGGGGACGAUGAUCUCGACAAUGCUCAAAGCGACCAAGAGGCUUUCAACACGGACGUCGAGACCGAUAAGGAAGACCCUAAAACAGAUGUCCAAGACGAAUCGAAUGUCCCCGAGAGAGCGACCUCGCAGAGUCAGGAGCCAGAUGAUCAAUCUUCUGAGUCACCCGAAGAAAUCAUGGUCCCUGCAGCUGAGCUACUCGAUCUUCCCAUGUGGCUACGACUUUCUCAGAUGUUCAUGUAUCAAUCACCAGAACUGGGCGACAGCUGGGAUAACUUCACCACCUCUCGCCACGAAACUCCUUCGAUAUACCACACUGCUUUCCAAGAUUUUCACAAUCUGACAAUCAGCUUGACAAGGCGUGUCGUACAAGCCACUAUUUUCCAAACAAUGACUCGCUUGCGAGCACGCGACAAGGACUCACCGAGCGCUAGAAUCACGGCAAACGACGUACGUGCGGCAGUUGAUAUUCUGGAUCUGCAACCAAACACACGCAAGUUCUGGGGAGGUGUACCUAGGAAACAUGGCCUCCGCAUCUACGAGCGAGGAUCCAAAUUUUCUAAGGGACAGUCGAGGGCUGGAGCUGAGCUCAGUCUUGAAGAAGCAGAAGAGAGACUGGGCAUCGGCCGAGCGUCAACUGUGGUCACCGAAACAGACGAAGAUGUUGCACAAACCGUCGAGGACGAGAUGGAGGACGACGUUCUCGAUCCUGACCAAUAUUAUAACGACUCCGAGCUCUGGACUGAAGCAUCCGAUUCUGAAAAUGAGACUCCCAUCAACAUACCAAACGAUCAACACUCAGACGCUUCUGACGAGGAAGAUGCCGCUUACCAUCCGACAGACGAUGAAGAAGUCCAAGAUGCCGCUCGAAAGAAAAGUCAUCGCAAAGGCCGGAUGGAGAAGAACUUCCANAAAGCUCACGAUGCAUAUCUUGAAGCCGUCGAUCAAGAGAUUAGCAGAGUGCAAGAAAUUGAGAUGUGGGAUGCUCUCGGUGUAGCGCCACCCAAUGACAUCAAGGACGAAGAGGUCGAAAUCCCACGUCAACCAGUUAUUCAUCGUCGACUGUCAGAUAACGCCAACUGGAGAGAAGGGUUUGCAUACAAAUCACCAUGGGAGCUCGGUUUUGACACUGUACGUCCGGAAGCAUUUGCCAGCAUGCACAAGCGAGGACAACAGGCGAGAAAACGGAGACGGCUGGCUUAUGAACAUCUCGAAAAAGAAGGUCUUGUCGUCUUGCCUCAGCAAACAUCCGAAAUUGCUGUUGUCAGGAAAAGUACCAAAGCUGUUGAUACGGAUAUCGAGAUGGUUGACUCGCCUGCUAAAGAAGCGCCACUUGCUACGACUGAGACCUUCGCAGACGGCGUCCCCAGAAAGAAGCGUCCAAAGCCCACUUUGAGCAGAAUCUUGAGCAGAGAAACGACAAAUGAACCUUUGCUCAGCAGAUCAGCACCAGACGACCGCAGCAAAGGUCUAAGUUGGCUGUCAAAAGCCGCACAGGAAAACAAGGAAGACGGAAGAAACGCUAAGAAGAACCAGAAACGGCUAGCAGAGGAGGAACGAGUGGCUGAAGAGCGACUAAAGAAAGAGGUUCGAAAGGCCAGAACAGGUUACAAGGCGACACUGUCAAAGGAAGAAAAGCUGGCUAUCGAACAACAGGAGCAAGAAGAAAGGAAUCAGGAAGUGCAAGAGGCAAGAAGACUGGCUAAGGAAGAAAGACAAAGGAAACAAAGGGCCAAGGAUGAAAAACAGAGGGAGAUGGACAGGCUUGCACAAGAAGAGAAGCAGAGGGCCAACGAGGACAUGCAGAAAGCAAAAGAAGAGAGGCAGAGGGCUAGAGAAGAAAAGCGGAGAGCCAAAGAAGAAGAGCAGAAGGCAAAGGGAGAGAAACGCAAGGCCGAUCACGAGGAGCCCGUUCAAGAAGGACCCGAUGCUGGACAACAGGAGGAUAUAACACGUCCGACACGAUCCCGAAGCAAGAAGCCAAAAAGGAAAUCUGGAUUCUAG